ACAUCAAAAAAGUUAUGGAUUAAUAUGUUAGAAAAAGAUCUUGAUUUAUUCAAUCAAGUGAACUGCAUUGAUAAGAAAAAGGAUCUGAAAAAAAUACAGGCUCGCGAAAAACGUUUAAAACUCGCGGAAAAAAAGAAGGCCGACUUUAUCGCUCGCGAAAAACGUCGCGAACUAGCUAAGGAAAAACAAAGACAAUUUAGAGCUCGCGAAUCAGAAAAAAAUCGAUCCAAGGACAACACAUCGAAGGAUAUCAUCCCUGAGCCCAUGAUGGAAUUGGAUUCAUCGAUCGAGAUCAUUCCCAGCACUCCAUCGGUAAUCAAUUUAAUCCUGGAACGCGAGGGUGAAGAUGCUCAGCAUGGAUCAUUGAAUUUCGCGGCCUCAACCCCUACAAAACCGCGAAAAACUAUCGAGGAAAUCGAGGCCGUUCUAGUCGCGUUGGGCGCGUAUCUAGAACAAAGGAAUCGCGAGGACGAUUACGAAGGGCGAUGGGCUCCAACGCAGCGCCAAAAAGAGCUUGAUCAAAUUGCGAUGCAAUUGGAUCAAAGCGGGGAUGAUGAUGAUGAAGGAUUGGUCAUCCAGAGUCUUGAUUUCACCCCGUUAUCACCCAGUAACCGUUCGGCUUAAAAAUUUAUUAAACAUUUUUGUAUUUUUUGGAUAGCUGAAAUAAAAGUCAUACAUUUUAUUGCAUUACCUGUGAGUCGUGACUUUUUUUUAUUGCUAGGCAAGACCCAA